UUGGAAUUUCGAAUGCAUCGCAAGCUGCUUCCCUUUCCCGUUAUCACACGAAUCACCAUUUCUUCUCCGACACUGCAAAUCAACAAAGCUUCUCUUCUCAUUUGGUUUUUGGCGUUUGGUUUCGUACUCGUUCAGUCGUUCUACCUCUUUCAAAAUUCAUUUUGAUAUUUUGGUCAUUUGGGACUCUUGGUGGGGAAUUGGGGGCCUCUGUAUUAAUCUUUUCCUGCAGAAUUAGGUAUCAAUCUUCACUGGAAAAAUGUACUUCUUUCGGGUUUCUUUGAACCAACAUAUUCAUGGCUGGUGGAAGAAAUGGGAAAAUUUUAUCAUAAGUGGCUAGAAAGUUCACCUUAAUGCAUCGUUGAGGCUGCCACAACCACAUGUUAAUGGAGAAUUCAUCGACAAUGCUUGGCUCGAAUGGCCUAAUAAGGAAGCAUGAGUUUGUAAGAGUUAUAAUUCAAUGCUUAGAUUCAUUAGGCUACAGAAAAUCUGCAUCAUUUUUGGAAUCAGAGUCCGGUAUUUCAUACAAAUCCUUGGAUUUUGAAAUGCUCAAAUCACAGAUACUCUGUGGGAAUUGGGAUGGUUGCACUGAUACCCUUAAUGAAAUUAAGGUGAUGGAUGAGACAAGAGCUUCUGCUUUGUUUAUUGUAUUCAAACAGUGCUUAUUGGAGUGCUUGAAUCAUGGGGAUGAUGCCAUGGCUUUGGCCAUUUUAAGAAAAGUGGUUUCUGCAUUAAGGUUGGGCAAAGACAAGGCUCACAGCCUUGCUCAGAGUAUCCUCUCUUUGAGGGAUACAGAGUUUGGUAAAAUGGAUGAUAAUAUUGUUCAGGAAUUAAGAAAGAAGUCGUUGGUGGAGUUGGAAAAAUUGCUUCCUCCACCAAUUAUGCUGCCUGAAAGAAGGCUGGAACAUCUGGUUGAAACUGCUGUUUCGGCCCAAAUUGAUUCAUGUAUGUACCACAAUAUGUUGGGAGCAGUUUCAAUUUAUGAGGAUCAUUGCUGUGGCAGGGAUCAAAUCCCCACUGAGACUAUUCAGCACAAUGAGAUGCAGAGGAUACUGGGUGACAGAAUUAUUCGAAUGAUUUUGACUGACCAUAAGAAUGAAGUUUGGUUCGUACAAUUUUCUAAUAAUGGGGAGUACUUAGCCUCUGCAUCAAGCGAUUGCACAGCCAUUAUAUGGAAGGUUCUGGAAGAAGGUAAGUUGAUGUUGCAGCAUACACUACGAAGCCACCAAAAUCCUGUAUCUUUUGUAGCAUGGAGCCCUGAUGACACAAAGUUGCUCACAUGUGGUAAUGGGGAAGUCCUUAAACUAUGGGACGUAGAAACAGGUACAUGCAGGCACACAUUUAGGGAUCAUGGCUUCAUUGUCAGCUCAUGCGCUUGGUUUCCAGAUUCAAAUCGACUCGUAUGUGGCAGUUCUGACCCCGAGAAAGGCAUCCGCAUGUGGGAUUGUCAUGGGAAUGAGAUAAAAGCAUGGAGGGGGAUGAGGAUGCCCAAGAUUCUAGACCUGGCAGUGACGCCAGAUGGAGAAAAUCUGAUCAGCAUAUUCUUAGAUAAAGAGCUUCGGAUAUUAAACAUGGUGACAAAUUCUGAGCGGGUCAUAUCAGAGAAGCACCCGAUCACGUCCCUAUCAAUUUCAGGGGAUGGCAAGUUUUUUAUAGUGAACCUUAAUAGCCAAGAGAUUCACAUGUGGGAUGUUGCUGGAAAAUGGGAUAUGCCAUUGAAGUAUAUGGGCCACAAACAAGACCAGUAUGUGAUACGGUCGUGCUUUGGGGGGUUGAAUAGCGCAUUUAUAGCCAGUGGCAGUGAGAAUUCACAGGUCUACAUCUGGAAUCGGCGCAACCCUAAACCGAUUGAGAUUUUGUCUGGCCAUUCAAUGACUGUGAACUGUGUGAGCUGGAAUCCUAAGCGACCCCAAAUGUUGGCAUCUGCAAGUGAUGAUAAUACAAUCCGUAUAUGGGGACCUGGCCCCUCCAAGAAGAUGCAGAUGCAGACUGAAAAGCUCAAUUGAGCAGACUGAGUUAUUCAAGUUUUUUGACCCAGUGUUUAGAGCUUUCUUUUCUUUUCAAUUGUUUAUUUAUUCAUGAGUUUGUAAUAAUUUGUGGUCUAUACAUGUCCACUUGUAAAUCCGGUUUAUUUUAGU